AAUAUUUUAAUUUAACAAGAGGUGAAGGGUGAUGCUGUAAACGUUACCACUGCUAUUUAUUAAACUACAGCUUGCUUCGCCGUUCGCACUUCCUCCAGUCCUCUCCAGUCGAUUCCGCUUCCCAUUUCGUUCGACUCUGCAGUUCCCCUCCAACUCCAAGUUCCAGCGGGUUUCGAGGCAUCUUCUUGAUUCAUCUUCUUUCUUCCUUCUUUUCUUCAUCGAUGGAAGAAGGCCGUGCAACCGUUCUUCUUGAAUCUUGAUUGACAGGGUUGUGUUGGCGAGAAGCGAUGCUGUUGAUCUGAGGCCCCUGGGCUCCUCCAACAAGAAGAUCGCGGCCUAAGAUGGAGAUGCCCUGCAGCAAGAGGGCGAGGGUGAUGGACGCGGGAGAUAGAAUCAGCGGCCUCCCUGACGAGCUUCGCCGCCACAUCUUGUCCUUGCCGGCGAGGGACGCCGUGCGCACCAGCGUGCUGUCGCCCAAGUGGCGCCACCUCUGGGCGUCGGUGCGGCGCCUCAACGUCGACGCUGAGGGCUUCACUAGCCAGAGAAAGUUCGUCAAGUUUGUGAACGCAUUGCUGCUCAGUCGUCAUUGUGUUCCUCUGGAGUCGUUCUGGCUCCGUGCCAACAGGCCUGACAUCUGUCUUGAAGAUUUCCGCAAGACUGUCUGUCUUUGGAUUUGUCAUGCCCUCAGGAGCAAUGUGGAGGAACUGGGUGUUAUUGGCCACGACUGCAAUGAUACAUCUGAACGUGUCGAGGGUACUGUAAUCUUCCGGCUUCAGCAUUAUCCCUUCACCUCGUCAUACUUGAAAAAAUUGCAUCUCUGCUAUGUUUACACCAGCAAUCAAUUCCUAACGAGGCUCUUUUGUGGCUGCCCGGCAUUGGAAGACCUCAAGAUGAUAAACUGUGACAUAUUUGGCGCUGAAUUUACCUCUGCCACGCUGAAGAGCCUGAGCAUUGACUAUGUUCGCUUCCCAGACUCCAUCUAUUAUGAGUGCAUCAGUGAUAUUGUGAUAAACAUACCCAGUCUUGUCUCACUGCACAUUGGAGCACUUGUUGGUGUUGCUACGCUGUCGCUUGUGGAUAUGCAGUCAUUGGCAACAGCCUCAAUUAACCUGUACGGUUUUACAUUUUCUGAUGGCUGCACACUUCUUGGUGCUCUUUCAAACGUGAAGAAGUUGGAGUUGCUGUUGCCACGGGGUGUGCAGGAGGAGGGUCAACUGCAUAGAAGUGAUAUGAAGUUGUUUCAAGUGGCUUUUGCUAAUUUAACAUCUUUGUCUCUCAGUGAUUGGUGUUUGAUUGACAACUGCAAAUCACUGUUGUAUUUGCUUGAGCAUUCACCGAAGCUAGAGCAAUUUACUUUGGUGAUGACGAAGCUUCAUUACCGCGACAAUCAUCACUGGUUUCACAGUGCUUCUGCUGUAGAGUCCCCUUGCAUAGAAAUAUCAGUGGCACUCAAUUGUGAAAAGCUUAAGAAAGUUGAAAUUGUCUGCCCAGAGGGUGACAAAUCAGUUGGCAAGAUUGUGUCAAUACUAUUGACCAAAUUAAUCUCACCCCCGGAAAUUUGUAUCAAGCCGCUUGCAACUUACACGCGGGCUCGCAACUUUGAGAAUUGUUGGAACGAAGAUUGAGCUCUCACUCCUCUUGGAUGUAGAGCUUGCAUUGGAAAGAUUCGUUUGAGCUCUCACUCCUUUUUGGACGUUCGGUAUUUGUGCGGAUCGUGACCUCUCCAGUGCAACUGCUAAUAUGGAACCAAUCUCUCUGUAGCUCUUUGCUGCGUCUGAGAGCUUUUGCUUGUAGCUCUUUCGUUGCCUACCUUUUGUUAUUAGCUGAAGCUUGCAUGUAUGCCUGGAUAUAGUGCAUCGUGUCGCAUCCCUGCUUACUAUUGUUUCCCCAGAAACUCUUGUAUUAUGUUCUAGACAAGGCACAUCUAGCAUGGUUUUUGGUUGGGAAGCACAUUUGCGUGCAAUGUUUGAUGUUUC